UCCGAGACACGCCGGAAGUAGACGGGGCUGGCCGGAAGUAAGCAGAACGCCGCUGCUCCAAGAUGAAGCCAGCCGUGGAUGAGAUGUUCCCCGAGGGAGCGGGUCCCUACGUGGACCUGGACGAGAUUUUGAAGAUCUCUUUGAUGAUGAUGAUGUCCAGUGAGGCCAUCCAGUCGUACAUGCUCCACAUUUGUGACAUGUCUCAAUUUUCUCAGGACAGAAUCGAUGACUGUAGAGACCUUGCAGAGGUCACUAGACGUCAGGACCUGGUCACUCACAGGAGGGGGACUGUCUGAAUCAACUGGAUGCUGCUGGUUCUGAGAAUGCCAGCCCCUUGUCCUUGUUUAAAUUAAAAAAGAACAGCAUAACAUGCAGGGUAGUUUUAA